UCACUCACCUUUCUCUUACAGCAUCUUUUCAUUUGAAGCCUGCAUGCCCUCACCCUGAUCUACUAGUUGAUGCUGAUAAGCAGUUUCAAGCUUUGGAAGCAAUUGUUGAAAGUCCUGUAGAUCAUCCAGUUAUUGUUUCUGGUCCUUUUGGCUCUGGAAAGACAAGAAUUAUAGCUCGUGCUGCUUACGAAUUCAUUCAAGCUGCUUUGGAAUCACACACUCAAACAAGGAUUCUGUUAUGUGCUCAUCAUACCAAUACAGUUGAAACAUAUAUGCUCAAGUAUUUGCAUCCUGCUUUUUCUCGUAUGUCACAGGUCAAAAUUAUUCGCAUAACAAGAAAGGAUUCUUAUAAUUUUUCUCACAAUGUAAUGAACAAGACAUUAUUUGAUUUCAGACGUGACAUUGUGAUUGGACGGCACAUUAAUGAUCGUAUUCUUGUAAUCAUGACAACAUAUAUGAGCUCAUUGCCAGUUGCAAAAAUCCUCAAUAAAGUUCGCUUUACUCAUAUCCUUCUUGAUGAAGCUGCACAGGUGAGAGAACCUGAAGCAAUAGCUCCUCUUUCUCUGGGAGAUGCUGCUACUAAAGUAAUUAUAGCAGGAGAUACAAAACAGGUUGGACCAUCUGUUCUUGUUUUGGGUGAAAAGAGUAAGGAGUAUGGUCUGGCUCAAUCAUUGCUAGAGCGUUUGGAGAAGAAAUACCAGGAGUUUGCAGGCAAGCAACAGGAUUUUAAGUACUUGAAAUACUUAGCUACAAAUUAUCGUUGUUGCCCUGAGAUUGUGAAGUUCCUGUCGAGCACAAUUUACAAGUACCCAAUUGCCUGUGCACCUGAGGCAUAUUUGAAUAAACAGUAUCCAAAAAUACGUUAUCCUCUUGUAUUUUAUUGGUGUAAUUGUAAUGACACUUCAAGUCAGGACUUAAAAGGACUAAUGGAGUUUGUAGCUGAUGCAGUUGUACGACAGGCACAACAUUAUUUUUCCUUCUGGCCACAUGAAUGGGAUCAUGUCAAGAUGAGAGAUGUGUGUAUCAUAUCUCCUUUUAGAACUCAAUUGAAUAUAAUUGAAUCAAAGUUGAAGAAUGUGGGGUUAGGUAAACUGACACUUUUGCCAUCAUAUUUAAUUCAAGGUCAUGAGUUUCAAGCUGUUUUUUUGACGACAUUUGAGCCACUUGAAAGUGAUGGCACAAGUAGUAAUCCAACAAAGAGCCUAACAAAUCCUCAGAUUUUUAACACAGCUGUUAGUCGCUCCAAAUCUUUUGUUGUUGCUAUAGGUGAUCCAUUCUCUCUGCUUAAAGCUGAGAAGCAAUUUCCAGAAUGCUGCUGGAAACAUUACUUGAGCAUUUGUUUGGACAAUGAUACCAUUUUUUUCCCUGAGUCCUGCAAACCAAACCAAAGAGAUAGAUUCAAGAAAAAACUUAGUGCAGAGCUUGCAUUACCAGAGAAAGCAAAAAGUGCUGAGUAUGCUUCACAUAGUCAUGAAACUAGCCCAUUUUUACAUAGUAAAACUCACUGACUAUAGAAUAUUUGUUUGAAUUAUGACAUUUGUGUGCUAUUUAGUUCCUAUACAUAAUAAAUGAUAUAAUUUGUAACACUUUUGGUACCCACUUACUAUAAAAAUAGUAAACAUGUUGACAUUA